AUGCCGGCCGUGUCCCUCAGUCUCAGAGUCGGUCAGGUCUGGAUCCCAGUGGCCAGUGGCCAAUGGAGCUCUUCCGCUGCGCUAUUCGCGUCUCAACCGUCGCGUGCCCCUUCUCUUGCUAGGGCUUCUGACAGUCAUGUCAUGUCAGCCCAGCCAGCUGACAGCGGUGACUGGUCUACGGGGUUUGCGCAAACGUCGCAACCAUUAGCGUCCGACUCGGGCAGCAGCUGA